CACUUCCCACGCGCGCUCGAUCCAGCUAACGGCUGCUAACCAACCAACUGACAUCCGACAACUAUCCAGGACAUUUUUACACUUUGUCUCCAUACUGUCACCGCAGCAGCCCAGUAAAGACAGAGCACCCCCGCCGUCUGAAGUGUCUCAUCCGGCCGUUAGGACGCAGCUGCGGCUCGGUACGGAGGGCUGGUCCGGUUGUUGACAUCCAUGAGGACGGAUGUGUUGUGUCAGUAGCUCCACUAACGUUACAGCACUAGCUACUUCUUCUUAGCGGAAGUUUUUUUCCACUGGUAUGCAUUUAAACCCUUAGUUCGCUCUGACGCGGCGUUAAGCCGGACUUUAGGUGGGGUUUAUUUUUGUAAUAUUCGGUUACAAUGAAGCUGCAGUGUGAUGUCGAGGUGGUGAAUCGGUUGCUGCCCACGUUUGGGAUGAAAAGUCGAGGCAAAGGGACGAGAGCUGUGUUGUCCAUUGGGAAGCAUUUGGACAAGACGAGUCAACGGUGUAACAUCUACAUGAUGAUCUGCACAGCUAAAGACAGAGCAGGCUCAAAGUACAAGCUGAAAGACAACAUAGAGAAGUUCUUCACUUGGUUUGUGGAGGAGGGCAAGGCCACAGUGAGAUUAAAGGAACCCGCUGUUGACAUUUGCUUGAGCAAGGCCGAUGCAAACAGCUUGAAGAACUUCCUCUCAGCUGCUCGUUUGGCAGACAGAGGAAGUGACGCGAGCAGCCUUCCUCUCUCCACGCUGACUCCUGUUCGCGCCAAAGACGUAGAGCAACCCAAGAAGAAGCUCACCAUCGUCUCCAAGAAGGACUACCCCCUCACCUCCAACUUCCCUUACUCUCUGGAGCAACUGCAGGUCUCCUACUGCAAACUGUCACGGGUGGACAUGCGGAUGCUGUCCCUUAAAGCUCUCCGCAAGCUAGACCUCAGUAACAAUCACAUCAAGAAACUCCCUGCCACCAUUGGUGACCUCAGCUGCCUCUCUGAGCUCAUCCUCCACAAUAACCACCUAGAAGCCUUCAGCCAGGCCCUGUGCCUGUCCACCCUGCAGCGUACGCUCCAGCUGCUGGACCUCAGCCAGAACCGACUGCAGUCCCUCCCCGCUCAGUUCUGCCAGCUCAGAGAACUAGUGAACCUCAAACUGGACGACAAUGAGCUCGUCUGUUUGCCCUUCCACAUUGGCCGGCUCUCAAAGUUGAGGUUCCUGUCAGCGGCGCAUAACCAGCUAGCGGUGUUGCCCAGUGACUUCCGUAAGCUGAGUCUGGAGAACCUGGACCUGUUUGGGAAUCCGUUUAUCCAACCUAACCCUUUUGACCACACAAUGAAACUUACAUUCCCCCUUCCGCUUCAAGAGAUGGCUUCCAGAGCUGUGGCCAACCUCAGGUUACCAUACGGACCUCACCUCCUCCCUGCCCACUUGUGUCGCGACCUCGAAGUAGCCAAGACCUGCGACUGCGGGCGUGUCUGCAUCAAUUUCUACAUCAAGACAGCAGUCAGCAUGAACCUGCACCAAGUCUCUCACACAGUAGUCCUGGUGGACGACAUGGGGGGCACGGAUGCUCCAGUGCAGCGGCACUUCUGCUCCCUCUCCUGCUACUCUGAAUUUUUAGACAACUCCCUCCAGAGAGGGAUCAGAUGAGGAAGAACAAACUUUGUUUUUGUUUCACAGGAAACACACUAACAGCUGGAAACCGCUGUGGGUUUUGCAAUGGGUCACAAGUUAUGACAUAGUGCUGGAUAGUAGAGUUUUCUGGUAACGGAGAAUCUUGACUGACUGAUUAAGCUUUUUACAAGUGCUUCAAGCUGCCUGUUUUAAACUUCCAUUCAACUUACAAUGCACUUCACACUGACCUGCUCCAUCUGUAACUGAGUGGCACUGACGUUAUGUAACGAUAGCGGGCAGCAACACUGACAAAGUGAAAGUCUGACAUCGCUGCUGGUGCCAUACAUCAUGUUCUUCCUGCCUCUUAGGGCCCUUUCACACCUACCAAAUCAAAUGUCUGCAAUGUAACAAAAAUGCAAACCUCCUUUCCGACUCUCAGGUGUGAAAAGGCCCACGGAGCAAAGCACAGUCUCUCCUACUGACCCACUUCGACUAGGCAGGGGAAUAAUGAAAUUAGAUGAAUUAGAGUUUUUUCCUGAACACAGUGCCUCAGGGUCCGUGAGCGUCAGCUGAAGGGAGUUGGUUUUUACUGUGCUAAUGACCCACAUUUUUUAUAUAUACGUGUAAAAAAUUCAAUAAAAUGAACGUAUUCAUCAUGUU